AAUGAUUGCAGGAAAGAUAAUUGAAUUUUUUUGGUUAAUGUGUAGUUUAGUUUUAUUUGGUUAUGGAAUAUUGUAAAAAUUUAGAUGGAAGAAGAAUGUAUAUUAGAAUAGGAAGACUAGGAUGAAUAGCUAUAAACAAUAGAAUUUGCCAAGAAAUUAAUUUGUGAUUGAAGGUGAUAAUGAUGUAAUAUGUAGAGGCUGAAGAACACUAGUAAUGUAAAAGUGAAGAGGAUAUUCCAUAAUAAUAACAAUAAGAUGAUGUAUAUAAUUGAUAUGAGUAGUUUAAGAAUUAAUCAAUAGCAUAACUAAUAAGGCCAAAAGUAAAUUAUUUGAUUAAUGUUCAUUUCUUAUUAUCAUCAGUAGCAAUAAUAAAUAUAUUAAAUGGUGGAGAUAAUAUAUUUUUAUUAGUAAUGGUAAUCCUUUAUUUGAUAAGUAAUAUGGUAAUAAUCGCAAAACUUAGAAUGAAAUGGUUAUUUAUCCCUUAAUUAAUGAUAUUGGCUAUGAUGAUAAACUACUUGAUAGUUAUAUGA